AUGGAACUUGGAUUGAGUUAGUGGUUGAAGAACCUACUGCUGGUGCUACAACUACUGCACCUGGAGGUUAUUGGGCAGAAGAUGGAACUUGGGUUGAGCAACCAGCUGCACAAGCGAGUGGAGGAUACUGGGCAGAAGAUGGAACUUGGGUUGAGCAACCAGCUGCACAAGCGAGUGGAGGUUAUUGGGCAGAAGAUGGAACUUGGGUGGAUCAGUCAGCAGCUGCUGCGCCAGCGGCUACCGGUUACUGGGCUGAAGAUGGUACUUGGGUUGAGCAGCCAGUGGCAACGACUACAGCCGCAACUGGUGGGUACUAUGCGGAAGACGGUUCCUGGGUUGACCAGGCCACAAGCUCCACAUCUGACCAAGGCUACUGGGCAGAGGACGGCACAUGGGUUGCAACACAAACUCAACCACAAGCUCCCGCUCCACAGCACCAGCAGCAAGGUUACUACGCUGAAGACGGUACGUGGGUGGACACUACACCAGCGCCGGCACAACAGGGCUACUGGGCUGAAGAUGGCAUCUGGGUCGACACAACGCCGGCACCAGUUGCACAGCAAGGAUAUUAUGCUGAAGACGGCAGCUGGGUGGACGAUACAACACCUGUAGUACCUGCUGCUACCGCUAGUGCAGCUGAAGGCUAUUGGGCACAAGAUGGCACAUGGGUAGCAGAUCCACCUGCGUCAACUAGCACAUCCGCAGCAGCCGCAGCAACUCAACAAGGCGAGUGGUAUCAAGACGAACAUGGUGCUUGGCAGUGGUACGAGCCACCAGCUGCACAGCCUGCGACGACAUGGCACCAAAAGCCUGACGGGUCCUGGUUUGAAACUGUCGCGGCUCCCACAGCUGAUGUUGGAACCGCCGCACCAGUAGUACAGACCCAAGCAUACGAAGUAGAACCCAAGAAGGCGCAACCAGCUCUGGGCAAGCAUGCUUCAGUGAUGCAGAGCUCGCAUCUCAUACCCGGUCAAGAAAACACUGUGCCGCAGAAUAAAGCAAAAGCGGCCCCUCCGCCAGCUGAAAAGGAAGAAGAGCUUAGUUCUGCUGCAGCUGGUGGCAGUGCAGGUGUCCAGUCUUCUCUACCGAUACCGAAGAGUGCAGCGAUUUUAGCGAAGGCACAGCAGGCUUCCGGGAUAGCGUCUGCUGUUCCUUCUGCUGUACCCAAGAGCAGUGGCAUCGCUUCUACGAUACCUUCCGGUAUCAGAAGUACCAUCCACAACACAGCGAUCUCGAAAGCGUCUGGAAUCGGUAGUGUAAUGCCGGAUUUGUCAACGGGGAUUCGUAGUGCUGUGCCAGAGUCGAAAGCAGCAGGCAUCAAGACCGCACUACCACCUGGACAGGUGUCUUCUGUUUUGCCCGAUCAAUACAACCAGCUAGCCCUUCAAGACCAAGACAGAAGAGGUCCUCUAGACCCCAACGAUCCUUACGAUGAGAGACAUCGGGAUCCUAGUGUCUUUAACACUAUAGGGGAAGUCUUGGAUCAAAACGGCAACCCGCUGACGGCAGAGGAUUUGGAGCGCGCAAGGGAGCGCGACACUGAGGCUCCAGUUCUAGGAUUUGCUGCUGCCACCGUCUUGGACUUGGACGCAGAUGAACUCCAGUCUACCACUCUGAACCUGCUACCCGGCUACGAGUCCAAGGAAAGAAGCGAUGGCGCGGUCGAAUUGAUCCGACCAUCGGAGGCGUUUAUGGGCACGCAGGGGUGGCAAGGAGGCACGAAAGCAGGUGGGAAGAUGGGUUUAGCGCAGCAAGCCAUGAUCGAGCAAUUGAAGGGCCAAGGGAAACUAGGUGGUUCGAGUACCGAUCCACAGCAAAUGUUCUGGAAUCCACAAACUGGGACUUACAUGAACCCUUCAGCUUCUGCCAAGAUGAACGCGAAGAUGACUGGCAAGUUCGGAUUCGGGAAAGGUGCGAACCUCGCAAACCCUGGUGUCUGGGGUACUGGCGAAACGCAUCUCGAAUCUUCGGAGCUCAAGGGUGCAGCUGCGAUUGCGUGGAAAGCCGGCAAGAAGGGUAGUAAGCUGGAACUCGUUUCGAUGGGGAUAGACGGCAAGGCUUGCGUAGUCCAGAAGGAUCGGAAAGGACAACACAAAGGGCCACUGUUGACGGUAGGGAAUGAUGGCACCUUGUACAACGCUGAAACGGGAGAAGAACACUACUGGGGAAACAAUAACUGGAGCAAGGGAAAGCAUGGUCUUCAAGGUGCUGGAUACCAAGAUCAGCAGCAAAACGCUCAAGGGCAAGGCGGAUACUACGAAGAUCCCAACGCGUCGUAUGAAAAUCAACACAACUACAGCACCGACAAUUACAAUGCAGGAUAUGCUCCUAGUGCAAGUAGUACCGGACAUCCAGAACAGCAUCUUGGUGGGCCACAACCUGAAUCACGACAACAUCAACCGGAACAACCAGCUCAAGAGCAGCACGCAGACUUCCAGCCUCAGCGCCCGCCACCCCAGCAGUAUAUUGUUACUGAUAAGCACGGCAAUAGAACUAUCAAGAAGGGCAUUCCUCCUCCAAAGAAAGGAACUACGGCGAAAGGACAGCAGCAGACAGGAGACGGUGAUGACGACUGGGAAUGGGAUCCAGCUGGCGGAUGUUGGCUACAGAAAUCUGCAGGAAGUCCUACUAUUAUGAACAAACGGACACGCUUGUGGAGGAGGUCAAAAUUUAGGGAAAAUUAGGGGAUAUUAUGGCUCCCUAAUUUUCCCUAAAAUUCGUAUGUGGGUUUAAGCGUCAGCGUGUCCGUUUGUUUCUAAUACUACACAACAUCUUCAAGGUCAAGCAGGAGGUGCAGGUCUCGGACCACCUGGUGGCCAGUUCGGGAAAAUGGGGAUGCUUACUGCUGAAACAUCUGUUUCGAAAGGCGGGAAGUAUCAGCCUCAACCUCCUCCUGGUCCUCCUGGCAAAGGUUCUAAGCCCGUCUUCCAAGCAGUCGCCAGAGGUCCACCGCCCGUUGGACGUAAAGGCAAGAACAACACCUUUCUGCAGUUUUCCUACGAUGAGAAUGUUGAAGGCGCGAACAAGGCAAGCUUUGAGUUUCGUCUGGAGAACAAUCUGCUGUCUGCUGAAGAAUUAGCCGAGUACUACGCCACGGGACGGGCUCCUGGAGGAACUGCUUCAACUAUGCCUCUAGGACUAGGAGCCUCAGCUGCUCCUGCUUCUAGUCCUCCUUCUACAACUGGCAACAAGACGAGUGCUGGUCCUGCUAAGACAGUGCCGGGUGGACAUUUGAGGGCUAGAUUGGGUAAGACUAAGAAGAUCAAGAAGAAAGAAAAGAAGCUGGAGAAAGAGUUGAAGAAACAAGCUUCGCAACCGUCUGUUUCUGGACUGCAAGAGAACAAGAAGAAACGCCCUCGUCGUGAUGAUUCAAGAAGUAGAAGUCGAAGCAGUUACAGCUCCCGAUCUAGUCGAAGUAGCCGAAGUUACAGCAGCCGCAGUAGCAGAAGCUACAGCAGCCGAAGCAGUCGAAGCAGUUCUUACAGCCGAAGCAGGAGUAGAAGGAGCUAUAGCCGUGGUAGAAGCAGUUCUUACAGUCGGACGAGUAGGAGUAGUAGUAGCAGUUCCUAUUCAUCGAGGAGUCUGUCUGACGCUUCCAUCGCAAGGCGUGUAGCUGAGGACGAGGCGCGAGCUAAACGUAGAGCUGAGAGGAGAGCAAAGCGCGCGGCCAUCGCUCAAGUAGCCACGGAGGCUGCAGCAACGUCUGGCGCUGCUGCGGCUCUAGCUCUUGUGCGGAACAAGGUCAAAGAAGCUGGCACCUCUCGCGGUGGAGCGGUUUUGGGGAGUAAAAUAAGCACUUCAGUGAAGCUCGUUCCUAGUGCUACGUUGGGUGGAAAGAAAGCGAAGAGGAAUAGGGACAACAAAGCUGACAAGAAAGGUUCUGCUAAAGCUGAAAAAGCCGACAAGAAAGCUGCAGCAUCUGCCAAUGCAGUUCCUGUGAACACCUUAGCUACCUCAACAACCGCUGUGGAAGCCGCGGCUACUUUAGGAACAACUGCGGUAGAAGCGGAAGCCAUCCUAGAAACCACGAAUGCCGGAGCUAUUUGUGCGACAUCCUCAGCAAAGUUCCCUCCAGCGCCACCUACUAUGCGAAUUGUAAGGCCGCCAAAUGCCGAUGAUCUUCCUCCUCCAGCCGCUCCCGUGGCUGGGCCAGGAGGUCUUCUCUCUCCUAUCAACCCUGUAAUCCAAAACAAAGCUCCUGCACCACCAACUGGAACAGCAUUCGCUGGAGAUGAUAGUAGCAAGGAUCAUGCUGGUGAGGACAAGGUGGGUACUAAGGAUGGAGGAAAUAAGGGCGACAAGGAGAACUACAAGGGAGGUGCCAAACAAGAUGACAGUUUUUACAACAAGGGUGUAGCCAAGGACAACUCGUUCAACAAGAAGGGUAGUUCCAAAGACAACAUCAACAACUACAAGGGUUCUCAAAAGGGCAAGAAGGAUUGGAAUUGGUCUCUUAGGAAUGCAGGAGCUGAGUAUCUUGCUGAACAUCAAGAUGUAGUUCUUCCAGGUCAACAACUAUCUUCAUCUAGUACCGCCACAGCAUCUCAAGUCUCAGCCGAACAGCGCAGACAAGCUGAGGAACGCGAACGCGCUUUCAAGGAGAAAGGUCCCCUUGCUGCCAUCCUCAAAGAGUCGCAGUCUUUCAUGGCCGAAACUGCAAAGGGCAAGAGUAAAGGUUUCGUCUCUACGACAUCCGAGUUGUUGUCGGCUACAACACCUCGAGCAGGAGGACGCGUGGACGAUCAAGAAGAAGGUGGAACUUCGGGUUCGAUUCUCGGAAAAGGUGGAGACGUAGUACAACUUCAACAGCACCAGAGUCUCUUCAACGCGUCCUCUUCCUCCUCUAAUGCUCCACAACCUCAACCUUUAGUCGUGUCUCUCGGUCCUAAUGGCACUCUUACUCCUGUUGCUGGUGGGGUUCUCACUCCGGGAGGUGUUCUGACGCCUGGAGGUGCUCUUACACGACCCGGAGGGCCGCUAGGAGGUGUUCUUACUCCUGGUCCUGGGGGCAUACUAACCCCAGCAGGAGGUCCUGGCGGCAUUCUCACUCCUGGCGGCGCCCUCACAACUCCUGGCCAUCACAGUACAACUGUAAUGCUCAACACUCCUGGCUCAAGAAGUGGGAUUCAUACUCCUCUUCAACUACAUCCGGGGAUUCCCGUUGCUUCAGUUGUUUCUUCAGGAGGAGCUCCUACAUCUGCUAGCUUCCAAGGAGGCCAGUAUGUAAUUGGAGGUUCAUCGUCAUCUGCCACAACCAACAAGGGGGCUAAAGGAGCUCCAGCUGCGCGAGCUGCGCCAAGAGGAAAGAACUCGAAGAGUGCCCUGUUCGCGGAAUUUCGUAACUCUCUUUUCACGGGUCCGCCACCGUCUUCAUCGUCGAAAACUGGUGCUAAGGGGAAGAAGGAAUCCUCAUCUAGUAUUAGUAAGAUGAAGGGUGCUGAAGGAGGAGGUGCAGAUGACAAUAAAGAGAAGGGUGCUGGCAGUAGUACCAGUGCCCGCCCAACGAACAGCACUGCUCAGCAGGACGCCGCAGCGAGCAAUCCGACAGAGGCGAAGCGGAAUGCUGUUGUCCUUGUGCCUAACGAAAAGACUCUAGUAGCUUCUGCGGCUGGUAAAAGUGGCUCAGCAGCUGCUUCAAAAACGUGUUCCACUGCUGCGACCGGUCUCGCGGCUGCCACUGCAUCCACAUCAAUGGCACCUCCUAGCAUGGCUCCAGUGAAAAAGAGGAGACUUCCAGACACCGCCCUCUCUGUCAUGAUGAGAAAGGAGAAAGAGCAGCAAGCGGCUGCUGCCGCUGCCGCUGCAACUUCAGCGUCGGCUGCUACUCCUGCUGUGUCUAGUUGUACUACAGGUUCAUCUGGAACUUCAGCUAAGCCAAUCAAUAAGGGAAUUGCGGCAUUGCAGCAGAAACUGCAACGAGUCGGUCAAACCACGACAAGUUCCUCGAUUGCUCUACCUGGUGCGGCUCAAACAGCUUCAUCGAGUAGCAGGACUCCACGACAGACUGCUGUGACGAAGACGGGUAUUGGAAGUACAGGUCCGGCAAGUGUCCUUGCUGCUAGUAGUGUCACCUCGAACAGCAGCGGUAUCAAAAGUAGUACUCUCGUUGUUGGGUCUAGUAGAUUUGCCAACGCGAUGGGCACGACACCUACUUCUCAACCACCUCAGAAGGCACCUAGAGGAAAAGGAAUAGGAUCGAACAUGAUAGACGAAUUAGAGCCGAUAACUCCACAGCUUCCAGCGUCUUCUGUACCGAAAAUGACCACAAGUGGUCAAAGUCAUCAACCUGUUCGUCCUACUCAACACAGUACUCCUGCUACUACCUACCACACAGCGGCGACGACCUCUAGUACGUCUACUACCACAACUUCUCAGAACUCGUUCACGACCGUUGUACAGCAUGCUCCACCUCAUGGUCAACACGGACAGCCUUCGUCCUAUGUUGCUCCACUACCUAUUCAGAAUGAUCGCUAUGGCUAUGGGAAUAAGUUCAGUAAAUACCAGCAACAGAACAAGGUCCAACAGGAACAUAACCCUUAUGCGCCUGUAGUUCCACCCAGUCAUGCUCCAGGUCCAGCGGGAGCUGCUCCGGAUACGACUAGUAGUACUGCGAGUUGUAUACCUGUUGGUGGUGGCCUAGCUCCGCCAGGGACGUUUGGCAAACCGAGUAAAGCAGGUAAGAACAGAAAGGGGAAGGGCAGCAAAGAGUCGCAGCCUCACCAGCAUCUUCAAGAGCCGACUCAUCACUAUGCUCCUCACGAUCCUCGUAGUGGUACUAAGCAAGGUUACUAUAACGACCCUGGUCGUGCUCGCCAACAUCAGCCUACUUACAGGAGUUUCAGCGAUCCGUACGCACCGCCACCGCAGCAUCAACAGAAAAGUCGAUAUGACGAGCCGCAUCAGUAUGGUCUUCAGCCUGUAUCGUCUUCAAGCUGGGAUGGAGGUUACAGUUAUGAGCAACACGAUCAAAACUACACUCCUCCUGCACCUGCUUACGACAACCAUCAACGACCCUGGGAUCAAUCAUCUUCUGAGCAGCACGAUCAUCAAAGCCAUCAGGCACACCAUCAGGCUGAACCGCAAGCUCCUCAGCAGUAUGAGUAUUGGAGUCGCGAACAGUAUUGGAAAGCCUCGGAUAACAGUGAAACAUGGACAACGACGACUACGCGUGUACCACAGGGGGGUAAGCAGGGUACCGGAGGCCACUCGACGUCGUAUGAUCCACAUAGUAGACGUGUAUCAGCUGAGCAUGCUCCAAUUCCUCCGACACCCCCUCAGCCUCCAAAUCCCGCAGGAGUAAUGGCUGCGGCGGCUUCGAGUAGCUCUACGACGAGUACAAGCACGACCUCUGUUGUGUACCAUCACGCCGUUGGUGAUAGUCAUGGUGCUGGUGGCAUCUACACUCCGAUUGUCCCUACUCCUGGCGUUGUUCCAAGUGGUGUGGGCAUUGAGACGCCUUUACCGGGAGUAGUUACGAGUGGUGUAGGAAUUGAAACGCCGAUUAUUCAACAUCACGGUGGAGGAGGCAUAAGUAGUACCGUUCAUCCUGGUCAGUAUGGUCAACAUCUUCAUGGUGAUUUUUACCAGCAACAUCAAGGUCAUGAUCAUUACAGUGCUCCUGGUGCUGGAACGAGAACUAACUACUAUCAUACUACCCCGGGACCACCUCCAGGUGGAGGGGGUACAACAAGUGGUGCAAGUGGUAGUCAUCUUCCACCUGGCGGUUAUGGAGCGGGAGCUACCUCAACUGGUCCCCAUCAUGCUCAAACACCCGCACCACCUGCAUAUCAACAUGUCGGGGGCACAGGCACAGUUACUUCUGCAUCACACCAGCACCAGGACCAAUUCCAGCAACAGCACUACAAUCAACCGGCCCCUGGCGUAGCGUCGACCACGUACCUCCAAUUCGUCGAUCCUUCAACCGGUCAGACGACGUAUCAAGAGGUUAACAUGGGUGCUGGAGGUGCAGCCACGCCCGUCGUGGUGCAUGUCGUGGACCCAUUGGCGACUGGGUAUCAGUGAUGAGAGACUGUCCUGUCGAUCAGAACGAGGAACUUGUUCUGUGAGGAUUGAAAUUUAAGAUCAACAAAGAAGAACUCCAUUCCCCAUUCCCAACCCUGCUGAUGGACAUGGAGUACUACGAUUUGUAUUCUGCGUGCCGUUCCCCAAACCCGAACCGCCCGAGAGACAUAGCAAUACCCCAUGACGUCAUAGAUCAACUUCUUCAUCGAUUUUGCUUUUACCACGACUAUAAUUACAGCGAGGACUGGUUAUUUUUUGAAGCGACUUUAUCAUCUAUCAUUUUGUGAUUUCAUGACGCUAUACUUGACAGUUUGGUAACCACAUUUUUAUCACCAACAAAGGAAACGGGAGAGCAUAUAAAAGAUUGUCUGACAACGAGAGGAAAU